AUGAAUAUUGAAACACAAUCUGAAAAAUCGGAAAUUAGAAGAACCAAACGAGAAAGGUAUGUUUGGGAGGCUUUAAAUGCAGUUCAGAAGUGGAGAGAUUUAUUUGAAAAUGGUUAUUAAGAUGAAGUAGGAAAUUAUAUAAAACCAUCUUUAAAAGAGGCAGCAGACCUAGUUGGACUUCCCAAAAGAACACUUGAAUAAUAUCAUAGUGUUUUUAAGUAACAAUAUCUAUAAAUGAAUAGAAAAUUACCGUAAUCUAUAGACAUAAUGAGAAUACUUGAUAAAAAAAUGGGUCAUCUAAACCAGCUAAUUAAAGAAUUUAAAAAUGAACCAGCAGUAACAUAAGAAUAACAAGUAGAAAUUCAACAAGAAUAAAGUUCAUGGGAUAAUAUGAUUAUCGAAGCAGAUGAUUAAUUAGCAGUACAAAGAGAUCCUGAUGAAGACUAAGAUUUCAAUUAGGUGGUUUAAUAAUAAUAAAUUUUCGAGAAUGAAGAAGAUUAUGUAAAAUAUCUUUAAUUCGAAGAAGAUGAAAAUUAUUGUCAGGAAUAUUGCUAAUUCAAUGCAGAUGAAGGUUUCUUAUGGGAUUUAGAAUAAACAAAUCCUGCAGUUCCUGAUUUUUGAU